AACAAUGCGUUGCUAAAUUCAUGCAUGUUUAUUCUAACCCUAUUUUUUGGCAAAAUUCAUAAAUUGUGCGAAAAAAUGGUAAACUCUUUGAAUAAAAACUUUUACAACACAGUUUUGAGCCAAGCUUUCAGCCCGUGCGGAAAUUUGCUGGUUGUGGGCGAUAUUUUCGGCGCAAUACACAUUUUUUUGUUGAAGAAGAUUUUAAACAGUGAAAACAAUUUAAGCAAAGAAGAGUUAACUCCGAAAUUUUGCCACACUGUAAAAGAAGACCUGCAAAUAAACAGUUUGCUCUCAACACAAACUCAUUUGAUUGUCGGGUGCGUAGGUGAGGUUAUUGGGUACACAUGGAGGAAUUUGAAGGCAAAUAAGUUUACGCAGGCAUGGACGAUAGAAUUGCCGGAAAAUAAAGAUGGUUUCAAUAAAACAGAUGUCAAUUGCAUGAUUUUGAAUGAGGAGAAUGGUCAGUUGUAUGCUGGAUGUGGAGAUAAUAAUAUUUAUGUUUUUGAUUUGGAGACGAGGAAGUUAUUGAAAACUCUGGAUAAGCAUAAGGGAUAUAUUCAUGCCAUAAGCACAAUUAAUAAUGAGCUUGUCUCAGGGGGUGAAGAUGGUUUGAUGAAUAUUUGGGACCUAAAAACAACUAAAGUGGUCCAUAAAAUUGAACCCAGCACUGAUAGUAAAGUAGCCAGACCCAAUUUAGGCAACUGGAUAGGAGCUGUAAGCGCCAAUGAAGAUUACAUUCUUUGUGGUGGGGGUGUGAGGUUAUCCCUUUGGCAUUACAGAUUCCUAUCCAACUUCACUGUGUACCCAAUUGAUGAUCAGGGCAUUCAUGUGGCCGAAAUUUACGAUGACAAAAUUUUGGCUGGAGGCAGAAGCCGACUGUUUUACCACAUGAAUUUUGUCGGGGACAUGAUCACCGAAAUCCCCACAUCAUCUGUUACAACUUACAGCGCCAUGCAUCAAGAUUCACCCUCGAAAAUUUUAACCAUCGCCGGGUCAAGUCCCAAGAUCGAUAUUUGUAGCAAUUUCAUGUACAGAGAUCAACAACUCUCUCUAUAUUAAUUAAUAAUUAUUUUUUUCAAUAAAACGCAA